AUGGCCGCGACAGUGAUCAGAGAUGCGUGUGCCGUUGCUGCUGCGACAUCGGUCGUUGCGGUGCCGCGUCCUCGCACAAGCUGCAAACCCGCGACCUCAGUGGCUUUCCCUCGGACCUUUCUUAGCGGAGGCAGCAGCAGCAGCAGCAGCAGCGCCAGCAGCGUAGGGAGGCAAUCGCUGAAUGGACACGUGACAGCGACAGGUGCGCGCUCGGCUUCUGCAAGGCGUUCCGUGGCCGUGCGGGCCAGUGCUGAAGCGACCAACGGUGCAGGCGAGGUGGUGCCCCCUCGCAGUGUGUCUGUGGUGCUGCUGGCAGGCGGAGUGGGCAAGCGCAUGGGGGCCAAUAUGCCGAAGCAGUACCUGCCUGUGUGCAACCAGCCCAUUGCUCUCUACAGCUUCUUCACAUUCGCAGCCAUGCCUGAGGUGAAGGAGAUAGUGGUCGUCGCAGACCCCAGCUACCACGACCUCUUCCAAGAGGCGUCUGCGCGCAUCACCAUCCCUCUGAGGUUCGCUCUCCCCGGCAAGGAGCGGCAGGACUCGGUGUUCAACGGGCUGCAGCAGAUGAGCGCUGAUUCCGCGCUUGUUGCCGUGCACGAUUCUGCUCGCCCCCUCGUCACGCCCAAGGACACCCUCCAGGUCUUUUCUGAUGCCAUGACGUACGGGGCUGCUGUGCUGGCUGUGCCAUCCAAGGCUACAAUCAAAGAGUCGGACGGGAAGGGCUUUGUGCACCGCACGCUUGACAGGCGUCUGCUGUGGGAGAUGCAGACGCCGCAGGUGAUGCGCCCACAGCUGCUGCGCGAUGGCUUCGAGCUCGUCAACAGGGAGGGCCUGGAGGUGACAGAUGACGUGUCUAUUGUGGAGUAUCUCAAGCAGCCUGUCAAGAUCACUGAGGGCGCAUACACCAACAUUAAGGUUACAACUCCCGACGACUUGUUGCUAGCGGAACGCAUUAUCGGUUGCUCCACAGAGAAUUCCCCUGUUGCAGCAGCUGCCUUCGCGCCUCCAUCCAACCCAGGGGCUUCUAGAGGAGCACGAGCAUCAACUACCGCGCCGGAAGGUUUGGAUUUCACGGCGUUCAACGCGGAGGUGGCGGCGAUCGAGGAAGAGAUAAAGAAGGCGAACAAUGACGUCAGAGAGGUGCAGAAUGCGAACAACCUGAUGUCACAGCAGGCGCGCGCGGAGAAACUCGAGGAGCUCCGGAAAGCCGCGGCGAGGUCAUCCACGCAGGCAAAGAAUCGCACGAGAAGGAUCAAGGAGAUGCUGGAGGAGCUGAAGCGGAACAACGAGGCGAAUCGCAUGCGACCCAGAAGCGGCCCGGGAACCGCGGAGGAUCGACACCGGACGAAUAUUACAGUUGGAUUGGCAGAGCGCCUGCGAGGUCUGCACCAGCUGGUGUUGGUGGUCGAAGGCGAGAUUAAGAACGAGAGCCGGAAGAAAUUAAAGCGGCAUUUGUUCGUGGUGACGGGGAAACAGGCGACUGACGAGAUGCUCGAUGAAAUUAUUGAGCACGGGCAGAGCGAGGAUGUGCUGAAGAAGGCAGUGCAAAUGCAAGGCCGCGAUGCGAAGAUUACCGAAGACCAGCUGCGAGACGCCGUCGUGGACAUUGACGAAAGGAUGGACGCCGUGUUACAGGUUACGAAGGAAAUGGUGGAGCUGCAGGAAAUGUUUAUGGAUAUGGCGAUUAUGGUGGAGGAGCAGGGAGAGUAUCUGAAUAAAAUCAAGGUUCAGGUGGAGGAUUCGGUAUCUGAUGUCCUGGACGGGAACAGAGACCUCGAGAAAGCCGAGAAGAUUUAG